AUGAAAGACGUAACAUCAAGUUUCGAUGGUUUGGUACUUGACAAUUUGCACGAUGAUCGCUUGUUACUCUUUCCUCCGUCUCCAGAGCACUCACAAGCGUGCAAUAAUAAGGUUUCAGAAAUUGAGUCACCAACUUUUUGUGACAAGAUAACAUCGACGAAAUGGGUACGAAAAGAAAAGAUUGGACAAGGUGCCCAAGGUAUCAUUUAUCGAUGUGAAGACCAAAUGUCUGGUCGAGAAAUAGCUGUAAAAGUAAUAUGGACAAAGGAUUUACCUCUUCCAGCUAUUGAAGCAGUAAAGAGAGAGGUAAAGACAAUGCAGAGAUUACGUCAUCGACAUUUGAUACGUUAUUAUCAAGCAACAGAGAAGAAAGAGCGCGAAUUACGCAUUUAUAUGGAAUUUGCACCUCAUGGAUCUCUACGUUCCCAAUUGUCACAAUUUGGUCCAUUAUCCUAUACUUUAGUCCAGCGUUAUACACGUCAAUUGUGUCAAGCAUUACGUUAUCUUCAUCAAAAUGGAAUUGCUCAUCGUGAUAUUAAAUGUGCAAAUAUUUUACUUACGACAGUAAAUAAUGGAAGUCGUUUGGAUGUUAAAUUAGCAGAUUUCGGAACAUUAAAACUCGUUGGGUCGGCAUCACUUGUUGAAGGUUUAAAGGGUACACCUCAAUGGAUGGCACCUGAAAUCAUUCGAAAUCAAUCAUUUGAAGAAGAAAUACACUUUGAUUAUUGGUUUCGUGCUGACGUUUGGAGUCUUGGAUGUGCAGUACUUGAAAUGAUUACAGGUCAUUCACCAUGGCAACAAUAUAGUAAUCCAUUGACAACUAUGUAUCGAAUUGUCUCUAGUAAUGAGACGCCUACUAUUCCAACUCAUGUACCCACAGAAAUUGCCUCGUUUCUUAUGCUCUGUCUUCAACGAGAUCCAGUCCAACGUGGUACUAUCACUCAUCUAUUAGAACAUCCAUUUGUUAACGUUUCUAGAACAAGUCGAACACGAGUAAGAAAGUGGCAGCAUCAAAAUAAAUGUCAAGAUGAAAUGGAUGUCGAUAAAGUUGUUUCAAAGUGGACUCGUCAAGCAUUGUCUUCGAGAUUACAAAACAACUUAACUCUAGAGCCUGAACCGCAUGAGGAUGCAAUAAGACUGGCACAUAUUGAGACUUUGGAUCAACAAGAUAAGACAAGAUCAAAUCUUCAAUCUUCACGAUCACCAGAUGACAGAAAUAAGAUGCUUCAUAUACCACUACAAGAUAGUUACGUGGAAUCACCUGGUACACGGUCAUUGGCACAUCGUCGACUGCCAAGCUCGUUCAGGCUUAAAUCGCUCGAGUCCACAAAUAAGCGAAUCCUACCCGAUCUUCAAGACACAGAAGGAUUGUUUAAAACCACAAAUACACCGACUAGAUCGUUACCGUCGAGAUUGCGACGAGGGAAGCUUGAAGGCACCAAACGAUUACCGCAAGUUAAUAGUUUAAGGACUGGAUACGACUUUGAGAGCGUCUUAAUCUCGCCUUUACAAAAAAAACGGAGCUCUACUGCUCCCUCUUCUGUGACAAACACACGAGCGACGGACGAACUCAUACCACUUUCCAUCCAACUUCCACCUUUAAAUGAUCGAAUUAUCAAAACCUGGUGUCGAUCAACUUUGACUUCGUCAUAA